CCUCCCUCCCCAAGAGCCCAGCGCUAAACUCUAUCCCAAUCCCGUCUCUUCGCUCCGGCUGAGCGAGCGUAAAGCACGACCUGCCUGAGCGCAACCACGUGUAAACUGGCGGGAGAGAGAUCUUGCCAAUGCAUCGAGCGGAGGAGCCUGUGGAUUAGUAGUUCCUGGUGCCCCGCCGGGCACAUGGUGUGAAGCGCUUGUGUGGGAAGGGAAGGAUAAGGCGAAGAGUCACAGAGUCGUGGGGGAAAAAAGCGCUGGAACCAUGAAUGAAAUGUCCAGCUUUCUGCACAUUGGGGACAUCGUCUCCUUGUACGCCGAAGGGUCGGUCAACGGCUUCAUCAGCACUUUGGGACUGGUGGAUGACCGCUGCGUGGUGGAACCUGCAGCUGGAGAUCUGGAUAAUCCACCUAAGAAGUUUCGAGAUUGUCUCUUCAGAGUAUGUCCCAUGAACCGCUAUUCUGCUCAAAAGCAAUACUGGAAAGCCAAGCAAACAAAGCAGGACAAGGACAAAAUAGCUGAUGUAGUACUAUUGCAGAAACUUCAGGCUCCACAGCAGGACCUCGUUCCGGUCCCUAGUCUCUUCAUGGAUGUCGUUCAGCCUCAAUGGGUCCAACCUGGUUCCCUGGCUGCUCCCAGUGGUGGGGACAAGAAGCUUUAUUCAGUAGAAUCAGCUCUAGAGGACGUUUUGGUCCUACCUUCUGUAGACCCUCCUAUAGUGGCCCUCACCUCAAAUUCUGUCCUUCCUGCCAACCUCAUGGAAGGCUUCAAGGCAGAAGACAAGAAAGCGGAGAAGGCGUGCCAUAAGACCCAUCUGGUGGUGGCCUGGGACAUUAAGGCAUCUUCCUCCGCAUCCUUUUUCAAUAGGGUUUCAGUCAUUUGGCUAUGCGAACUUCAGGCAAAGCUUUCAGUGGGAGACACUCGUCUACGCCAGGAUAUAACAAAAAUUAUUGUUGCGGUGCAGUACUCAGCUGAUGCCUCCCUUAGCACAACAAAGUUUGCCUUUAGAGCGUUAGCCUCCAAUGUGACAUCUCGCCGCCUUGUUUGGCUUCGUCACUGCCAGGUGGACCAGAAGCCCAAGUGGAAGGAAGAUGAUCUUGUGCAUCCUGGUUGUUCCCUGGGCAUGGCUCCAUUCCUGGGAGUUGCAGUGGCUCCUCCUACCCCAUCAGAUAGCCAACAGAAGCAACUCUUCCAUGAAGGUUCAUCUUCCUCUGACCAUGAAGAGGUCCCUCAGGUGGUGACAAUCAGCAGCAUACUGAAGGGACAUCUGUUCAAGGAACCUGUAGUUGUUGGAGACAAAGUAAUUUUGAAUCCUGUGAAUGCUGGGCAGCCACUACAUGCUAGCAACUAUGAACUUGCUGAUAAUCCUGGAUGCAAAGAGGUGAAUUCUGUCAAUUGCAACACCAGCUGGAAAAUCAACUUGUUUAUGAAAUUUCGGGACCAUAUGGAAGAAGUGCUUAAAGGGGGUGAUGUUGUUAGAUUGUUUCAUGCAGAACAGGAGAAAUUUCUCACUUGCGAUGAAUACAAAAGCAAGCUCCAUGUUUUCCUUCGAACUACCUUGAGGCAAUCGGCAACAUCGGCUACAAGUUCCAAUGCACUCUGGGAAGUUGAGGUAGUCCAUCAUGAUCCUUGCCGAAGUGGAGCUGGACACUGGAAUGGUUUAUAUCGUUUCAAACAUCUUGCCACUGGGAAUUACUUAGCAGCAGAGGAAAAUCCUGGCUAUAAGGGAGAGGCAGGAGAGUCGAAGCCCUCGGCAGGAACCAAUCGUGUUAGUCGGAGAUUCACAGGGGAAAAGAUCAAGUACCGGCUUGUAGCUGUGCCUCAUGGUAAUGAUAUAGCAUCCCUUUUUGAACUGGAUCCCACUACACUGCAAAAGACUGAUUCCUUUGUCCCCCGAAAUUCCUAUGUUCGAUUACGUCACCUCUGCACCAAUACUUGGAUCCAGAGUACCAAUGUACCCAUUGACAUUGAUGAGGAGCGGCCCAUCCGUCUUAUGCUUGGUACCUGCCCAACCAAAGAAGACAAAGAGGCUUUUGCCAUUGUUUCUGUUCCAGUAUCAGAAAUUCGAGACCUGGAUUUUGCUAAUGAUGCCAGCUACAUGCUAGCUAAUGCAGUAGAGAAGAUGAAUGAAGGAUUCCUUAGUCAGAAUGACCGCAGGUUUGUCAUCCAACUGUUGGAGGACUUGGUUUUUUUUGUCAGCGAUGUACCCAACAACGGUCAGAAUGUUUUGGAUAUUGUUAUUACCAAGGCCAACCGGGAAAGACAGAAGCUUAUGAGGGAACAGAACAUACUGAAGCAGAUCUUUGGAAUUCUGAAGGCUCCAUUUAAGGAAAAGGGUGAGGAAGGCCCACUUGUUCGCCUGGAAGAGCUAUCUGACCAGAAGAAUGCCCCCUACCAAUACAUGUUCCGGCUCUGCUAUAGGGUACUGAGGCAUUCCCAGGAGGAUUACCGCAAGAACCAGGAACACAUUGCUAAGCAGUUUGGCAUGAUGCAGUCACAAAUUGGCUAUGACAUUUUGGCUGAGGACACCAUCACUGCCCUCUUGCAUAACAACCGUAAACUUCUUGAAAAGCACAUAACUAAAACUGAAGUGGAAACAUUUGUGAGUCUGGUGCGAAAGAAUCGGGAACCCAGGUUUUUGGACUAUCUAUCAGACUUGUGUGUGUCAAACCAUGUAGCAAUUCCCGUAACUCAAGAGCUGAUCUGCAAGUGUGUCCUGGACCCCAAGAACACUGAUAUCUUAAUCCAAACUGAAUUGAGACCUGUGAAGGAGAUGUCUCAGACUCAUGAAUAUCUGAGUAUUGAAUUUUCUGAGGAGGAGGUCUGGUUGACCUGGACUGACAGAAACAAUGAUAAUCAUGAGAAAAGCAUCCGACAGUUGGCCCAGGAAGCACGAGCAGGGAAUGCCCAUGAUGAGAAUGUUUUGAGUUACUACAGAUACCAACUGAAGCUGUUUGCUCGCAUGUGCAUGGAUCGGCAAUACUUAGCCAUUAAAGAAAUCUCCAAACAAUUGGGUGUGGAGCUAAUAUUUCUCUGCAUGGCAGAUGAAAUGUUGCCCUUUGACCUCCGAGCCUCUUUCUGUCAUCUCAUGCUGCAUGUACAUGUGGACAGGGACCCACAGGAGAAAGUAAUGCCUGUGAAAUUUGCACGCCUGUGGACCGAGAUUCCUACAGCAAUCACCAUCAAAGACUAUGAUUCCAAUGUGAACAGUUCAAGAGAUGACAAGAAGAAUAAAUUUGCCAGCACAAUGGAGUUUGUGGAAGAUUAUCUCAACAAUGUAGUCAGUGAAGCAGUUCCUUUUGCUAAUGAGGAGAAAAAUAAACUGACUUUUGAGGUUGUCAGUCUUGCGCACAACCUCAUCUACUUCGGCUUCUACAGCUUCAGUGAACUGCUGCGCUUGACACGGACUCUUCUUGGCAUCAUAGAUUGUGUCCAGAGCCCUCAGCUGAUGAUGCAGGCCAUGUAUAACGAGGAUGUGACUGGGAAAAAUGUCCGAAGAUCCAUCCAUGGUGUUGGCCAGAUGAUGUCUACCAUGAUGCUGAGCAGGAAGCAGUCCAUCUUUGGUUCAUCGAACAUGAAUGCCGUGGUUGUUCCUGAGCCAGCAGAUAGGGGAAGAAGCAUUGAAAAUGAAAACAUAGUAGUGAUGGAAACAAAGCUGAAAAUUCUAGAGAUAUUGCAGUUCAUUCUAAACGUGCGACUGGAUUACAGGAUCUCCUAUUUGCUCUCAGUGUUCAAGAAGGAGUUUGUGGAAGUUUUUCCCAUGCAGGACAGUGCAGCAGAUGGGACAGCACCAGCCUUUGACUCUACCACUGCAACAAUGAAUCUGGAUCGGAUUGGGGAGCAGGCUGAAGCCAUGUUUGGGGUUGGGAAAACAAGCAGUAUGUUAGAAGUGGAUGAUGAAGGAGGACGUAUGUUUCUCCGGGUACUAAUCCACUUGACAAUGCAUGAUUAUCCACCUCUUGUCUCAGGCUCUCUUCAGCUUCUCUUUAAACAUUUCAGUCAGCGUCAGGAAGUCCUACACACCUUUAAGCAGGUCCAGCUACUUAUCUCUGCUCAAGAUGUUGAGAACUACAAAGUGAUCAAAUCAGAGUUGGACAAACUUCGUAUGAUGGUGGAAAAGUCUGAACUCUGGGUGGAAAAGAAGGGUAACUCCAAGGGAGAAAACGGACAAGAAGGGGAGAAGAAAGAGAAAAAAGAGCGUACUACAGAUGAGGAACCCGGGACCCCUGGAGAAAAAAGCAGUGAGAACUAUCAGCUUGUAAAAGGGAUUCUGGAGCGACUAAAUAAAAUGUGUGGUGUUGGUGAGCAGAUGCGAAAAAAACAGCAGCGUUUGCUGAAAAAUAUGGAUGCCCACAAAGUGAUGCUGGAUCUGUUGCAAAUCCCUUAUGAGAAGAGUGAUACCAAGAUGUUGGAGAUUUUAAAAUUAACCCACCAAUUCCUACAGAAGUUUUGUGCGGGCAACCAAGAAAACCAAACACUUCUGCAUAAACAUCUCAACUUGUUCCUUACUACUGGGCUUAUGGAGGCAGAGACAAUGCAGCACAUCUUUAUAAACAAUUACCAGCUGUGCUCUGAGAUCAGCGAAGGGGUGCUACAACAUUUCAUCCAUUGUCUGGCUACACAUGGGCGCCAUGUUCAGUAUCUUGACUUUCUGCACACUAUCAUCAAGGCCGAGGGAAAGUACAUUAAAAAAUGCCAGGACAUGAUCAUGACUGAGAUUACCAAUGCUGGAGACGAUGUUGUGGUGUUCUAUAAUGAUAAGACAUCCCUCGCCAACAUGUUGGAGAUGAUGACAGCAGCUCGGGAUGGGAUAGAGGAGAACAGUCCCCUCAUGUACCAUAUCUCUCUGGUGGAUUUGCUGGCUGCUUGUGCUGAAGGCAAAAAUGUAUAUACAGAGAUCAAAUGCACAUCUCUGCUUCCUUUGGAGGAUGUGGUGCGAGUAGUCACUCACGAAGACUGCAUUACUGAGGUGAAAAUUGCAUAUGUCAAUUUUGUCAAUCAUUGCUAUGUAGACACAGAGGUGGAGAUGAAGGAAAUCUAUACCAGCAACCACAUCUGGACACUAUUUGAGAACUUCACCCUUGACAUGGCUAGGGUAUGCAAGAAACGUGAAAAGCGCUUGUCAGAUUCUGCCUUGGAGAAAUAUGUGCUGACUGUGGUGCUGGACACAAUCAAUGCAUUCUUCAGUUCCCCCUUCUCUGAGAAUAGCACUUCCCUACAGACCCACCAGACUAUUGUGGUGCAGCUCCUCCAAUCUACCCUGAGACUUUUGGAAUGUCCUUGGCUGCAGCAGCAGCAAAAAAGUUCAGUGGAAACUUGUAUUCGCACGUUGGCUAUGGUUGCGAAAAGCCGGUCCAUUUCCUUACCCAUGGAUCUGGAUGCCCAUGUCAACUCCCUGCUAAACAGCAGUUCUAUUAUCAAUGCCCAAAGGAAUGCUUCCAACUAUAAGACAGCAUCCCGUACUUUCCCUCGGGUUUCAGCUACAACCAAUCAGUGGGACUACAAGAACAUCAUUGAGAAGUUGCAGGACAUUAUCAAUGCCCUAGAGGAGCGCUUGCAACCUCUGGUUGAAGCUGAACUCUCAGUCCUGGUGGAUGUCCUGCACUGUCCAGAACUACUUUUCAUGGAAGGGACUGAGGCCUAUCAACGUUGUGAAAGUGGUGGCUUUCUCUCUAAGUUAGUCCAACACACUAAAGAUCUGAUGGCAACUGAAGAGAAGCUUUGCAUCAAAGUAUUGAGGACACUGCAGCAAAUGUUGGUGAAAAGGAACAAAUAUGGAGACAGGGGCAAUACAUUGAGGAAAAUGCUUCUGGCUAAUUACUUGCAGACCAAAAAAACUGGCUCCAAAGGGGAAAUUGUUGACUCUUCUGGUAUUGGACAAGACCAGGACUGGUCAGUCAUUGCUGCUGUUCAGUGCCGACUGGACAGAGAAGGUGCUACCAAGCUGGUGUCUGACCUUAUCAUGAACACCAAAAAUGAGAAGAUUUUUCAGGAGAGCAUUCGCUUGGCUAUUCGACUGCUUGAUGGUGGCAACACAGAGAUACAGAAAUCAUUCUAUAACUUGAUGACCAGUGAUAAAAAGUCAGAAAAGUUCUUUAAAGUUGUUCAUGACCGGAUGAAGAAGGCACAGCAAGAGGUUAAGUCCACUGUGACAGUGAAUAUGAGUGAUAUUGGCAACAAGCCUAGAGAAGACAAGGAUUCUCCUGAUCACAACAGCAAAGGACGAGUAACAACUUUUAUGUUGCCUAAUGCACCAUCAUCCCGUUAUGCAAUGGGUGUAGGCUUCCAUUCAGCCCAUGAUGCAAGAGACAGAAAUCAGAAUAACGAAAUGAGUAUGUCAGUCUUGAUUAUGGAGCCAAUUCUUCGUUUCCUGCAGCUGCUGUGUGAAAACCACAACCGGGAUCUCCAGAACUUUCUCCGCUGCCAGAAUAAUAAGACCAACUACAAUUUGGUGUGUGAAACACUGCAAUUUCUGGAUAUUAUGUGUGGUAGCACUACAGGACGGCUGGGUUUACUGGGGCUGUAUAUCAAUGAGUACAAUGUUGCCCUCAUUACUCAGACUUUGGAGACACUGACAGAAUAUUGCCAAGGACCCUGCCAUGAGAACCAGGAUAAUGCCUCCAAACUUUUGCUAGCCCUGAUGGAGAGCAGGCACGACAGCGAGAAUGCUGAGCGGAUUCUCAUCAGCCUCCGUCCCCAGGAAUUGGUUGAUGUCAUUAAGACAGCCUACAUUGAAGAAGAGGAAUGUGAAAACUCUGAGAUUUCUCCUCGGGAAGUUGGACACAACAUCUAUAUUUUGGCUUUACAGCUUUCUCGACACAAUAAGCAUCUUCAGCAUCUCUUAAAGCCUGUGAAACGGAUUCAGGAGGAAGAGGAAGAAGGGAUCUCUUCUAUGCUUAUUUUGCACAACAAGCAACUGACUCAGAUGCUGAAGUCGACAACUCCUGUCCAAGAGGAAGAGGAAGACCCAUUAGCUUAUUAUGAGAAACACACAUCCCAGAUAGAGAUUGUACGCUUGGAUCGAAGUAUGGAACAGAUUAUCUUUCCAGUGCCUAGCAUCUGCCAGUUCCUGACCAAAGAGACAAAAAACCGUCUAUUUACCACUACAGAGCAGGAUGAGCAGGGCAGUAAAGUCAGUGACUUUUUUGAGCAGUCAUCCUUUCUCCACAAUGAAAUGGAAUGGCAGAGGAAACUGCGCAGCAAUAGAUUGAUGUACUGGUUCUCUCGCAGAAUGACGCUUUGGGGAAGUAUUUCCUUCAAUCUGGCUGUCUUCAUAAACAUCAUCAUUGCUUUUUUCUACCCUUAUGUUGAGGCUUCCUCAAUGGGAUUGCUGGAUUCCCCAUUGAUUCCUUUGCUUUCCUGGCUUUUAAUCUGCUUUUCCAUCAUGGCUCUGUUUACUCAGCGCUAUGGCCUCCGACCACUCCUUGUGGCACUGAUUUUGCGAUGCAUCUAUCAUCUAGGCAUCGGCCUCACUCUGAACAUACUGGGAGCUCUCAAUCUGACAAAUAAGAUUGUAUUUGUAGUAAGCUUUGUUGGCAAUCGUGGGACAUUCAUCCGAGGAUAUAAAGCCAUGAUCAUGGACAUGGAAUUUCUUUAUCAUGUCGCCUAUAUCUUGACCAGCGUCUUGGGGCUUUUUGUACAUGAACUUUUCUACAGCAUCCUGCUAUUUGACUUGAUCUAUCGUGAGGAGACUUUGUUCAAUGUUAUCAAAAGUGUGACACGGAAUGGACGUUCAAUUUUACUGACAGCUCUGCUGGCCCUCAUCCUUGUCUACCUCUUCUCCAUUGUCGGCUUCCUCUUUCUUAAAGAUGACUUCAUUCUGGAAGUAGACCCACUGCCCAACUUCAAAUCCAAAGCUACAGAUUCUAUGACGAUGCAGAGCAACUUAGGGACUUUCAUGGAGACAUGCAGCAAUGAUAAAAUAAGCUGCUCUUCCUCCGAUACACUGCCUGAAGUGUUGCAAGAAGAAGAAGAUAAUACAGAACGAGCUUGUGACACGCUUCUCAUGUGCAUACUUACAGUCUUGAAUCAUGGCCUGAGAAAUGGAGGUGGUGUGGGUGAUAUACUCAGGAAACCAUCUAAAGAUGAAUCCCUGUUCCCUGCUCGAGUGAUCUAUGACCUCCUCUUCUUCUUCAUUGUCAUAAUCAUAGUCCUUAACCUCAUAUUUGGUGUCAUCAUUGACACCUUUGCAGAUUUAAGGAGUGAAAAACAGAAAAAAGAGGAAAUCCUGAAAACAACAUGUUUUAUAUGUGGACUUGAAAGGGACAAGUUUGACAACAAAACGGUAUCCUUUGAAGAGCACAUUAAAUUUGAGCACAAUAUGUGGAAUUACCUGUAUUUCAUAGUGCUGGUGAGAGUGAAGAAUAAGACAGACUACACAGGGCCUGAAAGCUAUGUGGCGCAAAUGAUCAAGAGCAAGAACUUGGAUUGGUUCCCUCGGAUGCGAGCCAUGUCCCUGGUCAGUAAUGAAGGUGAAGGAGAACAAAAUGAGAUCCGAUGUCUUCAGGAUAAACUAAAUUGCACCAUGAAGUUGGUAUCUCAUCUUACUUCACAGCUGAACGAGUUGAAGGAGCAGAUGACCGAGCAAAGAAAGCGGAGACAACGAAUGGGUUUUGUGGAUGUCCAGAAUACAAUAAAUCACUGAGACAGUGGAAUCCAAGUCUUCAAACAUAAACUGUAGUAUAUAGAUAUGUAUGCACUUCUUGAAGAGGUAUUGGUACUAAGUUCCUUGCAAAGUUUUUAUAGACAAGGAACAUUGGUCCAGGCUGUGACAGUUCGUAAAACCUCAGCACUUCCUUUUAUCUCAAGCAGGAUUGAUUGAAGGCAUUUAAUUCAGCAAGAAACCGAAGCCAUGACUAAUUGUUUCUUCAUAUGCAUUGAGUUUGCCAUACCUUUGAACUGUAUUAAAACUAUUCCUUCUUUUUUUUCUCCAUGCACUACAUUUGGAUGGCUACACAGCCCGGUGCAAAUAGAAUUGACAGUUGUCAGCGAGUAGAAGCUUGCUACCUUUUUAACUUAUUCAAAGAUAUGGAAAAUCACCAUAUAAGGAUUUCUUUGCAAGUGUUUCAUGUUAAACCUUUUGAAGACAUGAACAUUUUGUGUCUAGAAUCACAUCUCAACUAAGAAGAAAUUGCAAGAAAAUAUUCUAUUAAGUUAAUAGUUCAAGCAAUCAUAUAAUUCAUGAAAUGGCUUUUUUUUUCUUCGAUUGACAAGACUGGACAUUAAUGAAAGAUUGCACGUUCAUGCUGCAGUACAAAUGUGCAGUUUGUGCCUUGUUCACUCAAUAGAAUAGUAUAAAAUACUUUUAGAAUUCA